GGGCGGGGCGGGCCGGACAGGGCGGGGCGGCUGUGACGGGCUAGGGCGGGCAGUGGCGGCCACGGCGGCGACUGCAGAGGCCACUGUGGCGCGGACUGGGUGGCCGACGCGGUGUUUGUUUCACCUAGCAGCGUCUUUGAGCUGCCUCGCACAGUCCCGGCAGCAUCCAACCCGGGGCCCUCAGCCUGCGCGAGAGCUACGGCGGACAAACCCGGGAUCGGCGGCGAUACCCGGCAGGUCAGAGUGGGGGCAGGGGCGGCGCGCGGGAGACGCUCUGAGCCAGAGGGAGAGCCUGAGCCAGGCCAUCUCCAACCAUGUCCGACGAGGCAUCGGCUACCACUUCGUACGAGAAGUUUCUAACCCCCGAGGAACCCUUUCCGCUCUUGGGACCCCCUCGCGGGGUGAGCACCUGCCCCAGCGAGGAGCCGGGCUGCUUGGACAUCAGCGACUUCGGUUGCCAGCUGUCCUCUUGCCACCGCACCGACCCGCUCCACCGCUUCCAUACUAACAGGUGGAACCUGACUUCUUGUGGAACAAGCGUUGCCAGCUCAGAAUGCAGUGAGGAGCUAUUUUCAUCAGUUUCUGUUGGAGAUCAAGAUGAUUGCUAUUCCCUGUUAGAUGAUCAAGAUUUCACUUCUUUUGAUUUAUUCCCUGAGGGAAGUGUAUGCAGUGAUGUCUCCUCUUCUAUUAGCACAUAUUGGGAUUGGUCAGAUAGUGAAUUUGAAUGGCAGUUACCAGGCAGUGAUAUUGCCAGUGGAAGUGAUGUACUUUCUGAUGUCAUACCCAGUAUUCCAAGUUCACCUUGCCUGCUUCCUAAAAAGAAAAACAAACACCGGAAUUUAGAUGAGCUCCCUUGGAGUGCAAUGACAAACGAUGAGCAGGUGGAAUAUAUUGAAUAUCUGAGUCGCAAAGUUAGUACUGAGAUGGGACUUCGGGAGCAACUUGAUAUUAUUAAAAUAAUUGAUCCUUCUGCUCAAAUCUCCCCGACAGACAGUGAGUUUAUUAUUGAGCUUAACUGUCUCACCGAUGAGAAACUAAAGCAGGUCAGAAACUAUAUCAAGGAACAUAGCCCUCGCCAACGGCCUGCAAGAGAGGCCUGGAAGAGGAGCAACUUUAGUUGUGCAAGCACCAGUGGAGUGAGCGGUGCCAGUGCCAGCGCCAGCAGCAGCAGUGCCAGCAUGGUCAGUUCUGCAAGCAGCAGUGGGUCCAGUGUUGGAAACUCUGCUUCAAACUCCAGUGCCAACAUGAGUCGAGCACACAGUGACAGCAACCUGUCUGCAAGUGCAGCAGAGCGGAUUCGGGAUUCAAAAAAGAGAUCCAAGCAGCGGAAAUUACAGCAGAAGGCCUUUCGCAAGAGGCAGCUGAAGGAACAGAGGCAGGCCCGGAAGGAGCGGCUCAGUGGGCUCUUCCUUAAUGAAGAAGUUCUGUCAUUGAAAGUGACUGAAGAAGACCAUGAAGCAGAUGUUGAUGUUUUGAUGUAAUGAGUGUGAAUUCAUCAGCAUUCUUUUGAAAUAAGCAUUGAAGUGUUUUGUCCUUCUUGGUUUACAUGCAUCAAGACCAAAAUUUUGGUUAGAGCUGUGCUGAUGUAUCAUUACUAAUUUAAGUCUGUGAUUUGCAGUGGGUGGUCCUGGGACCUGCAGCUUCAUCAUCACCUGAGACAUUGUUGGAAAUGGCACCCUUGGGCUCCACCCCAGACCUAGGGAAUAGCAAAACUGAGGGGAGAAGCCCAGCUGGUGUGUUUUAACCAGUUGCCAGAUUAUUCAGAGUCACUCUGUUUAAGAACUACUGGUUUGGGUAAAUGUUUUGAUGAUUUAAACUUAAGUGGGUUAAGUGGGCUUUCUCAAAGACUAGAACUUUCACAGUUUAGAAGAGUUCAAGGUACUGCUGACAUGUAGUUUAUUAUGUCAGUGUGUGUACUUAUAUCGAGAUCAUAAUUCAGAUUCCUUCUUAGUAUGAUUUCUUAGUUUAUACUUUUCCUAAAGGGCCAUAGCAUGAUUCUCAAUUCCUGGUCUCUUCUGAAGCGUGAGCAAGGUGUAGAUUACUGUUUACAAUAGUGCCUUCUUUAGAGCUUUAGUUCUAUUUUCAUUUGUGAAGUCAAAGGUAUAAAAAGAGGCCCUAAUAUUUUUCCAGUUAGAUUUGUUUUCGUUUUUUACCUUCUGUAAAAUCAGACUCCUUUCUGGAAGUGACAACUACUGAGAAGAUAAUGUUAUUAGAAACUAAAUUUUAGAUUUGAUGCUUUGUUAAUAUUGAAAUGGAAAAAAAGCAGUUUGACAAAAUAGCCAAUUCUGCUUGUCUACUGCUUUCUGAAAUUUUAGGCUGUAAAACUAUCCCAAAGACAGAAAACCAAUCAAUAGCUCUCUCUGAUUAUUUUUUUGUAAGUCAGUUUUUUUUUCCAGCACAGCUCUAAGUUUUAAAUAGUUGAUGUAAUAUCUUUUUCUGGCAUGUGAAAAGCUUACUGUUUAAAAUUAACUAAUGAGAACCCUUAGAGUUCUGCCAAAUUUCUCUUAUAAAUUAUUAGAAAUAUGCAAAGCAAUGAGAUAGAGAAAAUACUUUGUCGGUUGUUAAUAGAACUCUAUGUGUGAAGUUAUGGAGUUACUUUAAAUAUUUGCAUAGAGAGAUCGCUUUUAUGAAACUAUAAAUAGUGUGAUCCCUUUGCUUUUAUCACAUGCCAUUGAACAUUCACUUGUUCAGAGAAGAUGGGAAGUGAUACUACUGACAAUCAAGCUGCUUUCCAACUUUCGUAAUUUACUGUGUGUAACAUUAGAUUCAUGAUUCUGUAGGAAGAGUUGUAAUUAUUAUUUUUAAAAACUUUCGAGUUUAGAGGUUAGUAGGAUUUUUACUGUCAUCUUUUUGUUGCAACCAAGUAGCUCAUUAAAAAAGAACCAUGAUUUACAUUCUUAAUUCUUAGUUGACAUGAAGGCUUAAACCUUUACAGUUCCAUAUUUUGAAAGCUUGAUUUCAUCUUGGUUCCUUAAAGGUUUAAAGCAUUAAUUGUAAAGAUGAUCAUUCAUUGCAACUUAGCUGAGAUCUGUGGUUUUUAAAAACAGCUAAAGUAAUGCUUUAAAAUUUGAAUAAAAUAAAAGCAUUUAUAUGCAAAUGAUUUGCAGUGUGAGAAGCCCUUCUGACUUCCCUACCCUCUUUGGUGCUCUUAACCAGCUUAGGGGGCUCAAUGAGAGUUGAGGGAUGGACCUCAGAAUACUCUGAGGAAGACAUGAUGGGUCAAUCUCCUUGUUUCUCCUUCAAAGUCUAGGAAAAACAAAUAGAUUUGAACAGCUUAUCUGCUCAUAGUAAGGACAACAUCCCACAGUAGAGUUGCCUGUUUUGAUCUGUUCUUUGGAGAACAAUGAGCAGCAUUUAUCUGUUUUUCUAGUACUUGGAAACUGUUUACUUAACAGUGACCAGUAAAAAAUCCUAAACAGGGUCAUUGAGGUAACUGAAGACCAAUUCUUUCCCUCUCGCAGUGGUCACGUAAUCUUACUACCUUAGAUUUAAUUGAAGUCACUAUUGGACAAGUUUACCCAAGUGCCACCAAAGCCAAGUUUGAAAACUUGGAAAGCUUUGAGUAUUUAUAGACUGGCAUGAAGUCUUCUAAAUCCAGAUGCACUGUCUUUGUAGUACUAUUAAUUGUAGGUUAACCUGCGAAGUUGUUUUUAGAGAUUAAAAAUAUUUCUGUCAGUUAAAAGAAAAUAAGGUAUAACAGCUUGGACUUAUCUAUAAUCCAAGAACUUGAAACUUUGUUUUACAAUCCUGUGGUUUUUUUUCUCUAUCCUCCAAAAAGAAACCAGCACAAAAAAAAAGACACAAACAAAAAGUGCUUUGGUGUUUGAUACUGUGCGCUAAUUAUUUUUUUCUGUUUCAAGGCCUCAUAUACUUAAUUCAAAUCUCUUUUGAAAUAAGUUAUAACUCAAUUUCACAUAUUUCUGAGUUCAGUUUUUAAAAUCAAACUGAGUAUGUUUUAAAAUAUAAACCUUAGCUAACCAUUUGUUGCAAGGUGGAACUCUCAUGUUCCAGUGUCACUGCUCACUUACAGAAAAUGGACAUUGGAGAAACAAGUAUCUCCCUUUAAAAAUUAUUCUUGUUAACUUAAGGGAAUGAAAAAAUCCCCAGUAUAUUCAGUAGCAUUUUAUUAGAGAUUGGUAGUAGUCUAAACUUACUACAGCUUUUUAAAGUAUAAAACCCUGAAUUGGACAAAAAGGCAUGUAUUUUUCUACAGUUUUGCAGCAGACUGAAGGGAACUAUGUAGUUUCAUGUGAAUCGGGUAUAAAGAGCUAGUUCAUUUUGUCCCAACAAGAACUUAAGAGUAUAAUAGCAUUUUUAUGAGAAUUCUUUCAUUUAUGUUUGCUCUGGCAGUUUUGUCCAAUUUCUCUUUCCAUUAGGUAAAUUAGAUAAGGUUAAAAUUAACCCAGAACGUUACUGAUAAAAUAAAAUGCUGACUCUGCAUAGGUUGGGUAGACAUCUCAAGCUAGCUUUUUCAAGUAUCAAAUACCCUCAUGAAGGAAAAAUUACAGGAAGUUAUAGAUAUUCAGAUUCUGAUAAGCUUUAAAAAUUGUAAAAUUACUCAGUGUCUUUGUAUUUAAGCCAAAAAUGUUCAUGUACAACCAGUGUAGAAGUCUUAUUUGUUUCAUGUUCUGUAGUAAAGACUUUUUCUUUUGUGGCUCACUCUGUAUAGCCUCAUGUGCCUUAAAAGUGGUAAACUCUGUACUUUUUGUCAAUAUCAGGCUUUCCAAACUCAAAAGCAAUCUGAAUGUUGUAAUUCAAUUUAUAUAAUGCCCAUGAUAUUAGAGAUGAGUAAAUUAUAUCAUUAAAAUGAACCAAUCUAUAAUAAUAGAGUGAAACAAAACAAAAAUAUUCAGAUCUUUAAUUUUAUUUGCAUGGAUUUUGUUUUGGCCCAGCUAGAUCAUUGAAGAACCAUUAAAAUUACCUUAAAUGUUGCUUAAUGACUUUUUUUCAUUUUGACUUUUCCUGAAAGAGAUCAUAGCUGCCAGGGUGAUUUUUUUUUUUUAACUGAGAUAGUGUUUAAUGACCUGGAAAGAUCAUUUUCAAGGUAUAGGCAAAGGUACUUUGAGGACAAAGAUUAUAUAAUAAAUUGAUUAUCUGGUUAACUUUAGGGAUUCUUUGAAUUCACUUAUGUAAUAGCGGGAGCACUCCUCACCCUUUUCCUUUAAUGAUUUACCUUUUAGCACUUUUAUCUUGAAGAAUGCUGAUUUGGAAUUGGUGGGGAGUAGUUAAAGUAAGUUAUAGUUUGGAAUAGUUGGUAGGAAAAUUCACAGUUGCAGUCAAAUGGUAGUUUUGAUGUUGAGUGCCAUGACAUUCAACAUAUCUAAACUAAUCAGUUUAAUCCUGAAAAGGAAUGUUAGUUAGGAAUUGAGUAUUUGUAUACACACGUAUGAGGAUACUUCAACAAAGUUUGUGGAACAUGGAAUUGAAAGUGUAAAUUUAUUUUAACAAAAAAGAAUUUUGAAAUCCUGGCAUACUUUUUCAUGAUCUGCAUUAUUUGUACCAAAUUAACGUAUUCUUUUAAUUCUAUUUUUUCCAUGAACUUUCUGAAGUGACUUCAUAACUGUGGGAACUUGGAUUGGUUUUUAAGUCUGAUAAAGUAAGAUAAAUUUUAUCUAAAAUUUGAAAUUUGAGGACCAUCAGAUAUUUUAAACUAGACUCUAUCAGCAUAGUAUCUGGGACAUAGCUCCUCAGAAUGCUCACGUGUUAUUUCUUUGGAAAGGAACUAGCUUAUUCCAAAGGGCUUAGAAGGAAUUCUGAACAUUCCCCCAACUGGCUGUUAAGAGUAAGGAAACUGCAUGGUAGAGCUGAAGCUCUUAUGUUGAUGUGCUAACAUUUACUUUUCCUAAUUCUUUCCCAAUAAAUUAUGUUCAGCUCCCCUUCCAAUCAUUUUUUAAUUAAGAAGAUCCAUCUUUUAGCCUAGGUCCUAUAGUGGUAAAUUAGAUUUUAGUUUGACAUACAUACUGAACCGAGAAAACCUGAUUUAGUCUUUUCUGAAUUCAGUAUCUAGUGCUUUUUCUGUAUUGUCAAAUUUUUGUUGCAUCUUCACGGUCUGUGGAACCUGUGGAAAUCUAUGUUGCUGUUGUUGCUGUUGUUGUUGUUUGUGGGGGUGAAAAAGGAGAAUUGCUCUAAUUAUGCAUAUACACUUGGAUUAUGUAAAGAUAGUUGUAGAAUUAAUAUGUACAAAUGACAAGUUAACACUUACUGUUCUGAGUUGUUCUGAGGAACAGUGGCCUGAAUCCAUGGCUUGUUUUGCAGCACCUGCCCUAAAACAGUAGCUGACCUAUUGGAUUUCAAUUUAGAUUGAGGAUUAGGUUAUCUAGCUGAGGCUUUUAGGAAUAGAGAGGAUAACGUCUGUUCCUGUGUAGUGGAUUGAUUUAAUUUCCUGUUGGAGCACCCUAAUUAAAUAAAUAUUAUCCAUUCUAAAUCUGUUUUAUUACAGAUUUAAUAAGAUUGUUGACAAAAGCUAUUAAUAACAAGUGUGUGUAAAUCAUUUCACAGAUGGUUAAAAUCUUCAAAUUGCUGAUGGGAAUUUUUUUUUGUUUGCCUUUUUAGGUUUCAGAGAUUAGUUAUGUAGCAUCAAUAUCAUAACCAAAGCAAGUAGGAAGUUGGCUAGUUUGGAGAAUCUUCAAGUAGUCUUAAAUACUGUAAUGUAUCAGAUUGUUAACCAGGAUUUUUUCCUGCAUUCCUGCUAAAUAUAUGACUAUAUUAAUGCACUUUUGUACAUACAGCUUUUUUCUGUACAUUCUGUACUUAACUACAGUGUAUAUAAAGCCUGAUUUUUCCUGAAGCUAUGAGGGAAUACCAGUGGCUGUAACACAAGUCAUUUCUAUUUUGAGUUUCUCCUUGUACUUGAAAGUAGUUCAGUAGUUAACGCUAAAUGAGUGUGUAUGACUGUAGUUGUCAGUGUGGGAGAACUGUCCUUUGCAACUGAAUAUCAGAGUGGAAAGUGUCAUUUUGGUUAUUACUGGUUCUUUCGAUAGAUCUUCAGUUUUUACAAACUCUGCUGCUUGUAUACUAUUUUGUAUUCUGCAUCCAUAUUUCACAUCAGCUGCUUUUCAUGCUCCAUCACAGAACAUUUCCCAACAGAGAGAAGUUGCUGUCUUUUUGCUUAUGAUGUGGGGUCCAAGACCCUAAACUUGGUCGGUGAAAGUCCCAGUUACCCUAAGUGUCAUUGCCAAAACUUUUUUUUCCUGAAGAGUUCAAGUUUCUUGACAGGUUAACUUGCAUAGUAAAAUGAAAAUUAGGUCUUAUUUUUUGCUGGCAAAAUAUAAGAUCGAUUUUUUUGUGUGUGUCUAAAAUCUUUUUUUUAAGUUACAGUUUUGGGAAGGAAAUGUGUGUGGUUCUAUGAGAAAUCCACGAGCCAUUCAGAUUUUCAGCAGCAACUCUGGCCGCUAGAGGGAGGUAUGUGGCUGCUCUCUUGUUUGGGACAUGUCUUGGCUGCUUUUCUUUUCGCAUACACCUUAUCCUGAAACUUUCUUUUGUGGUAUUAAACGCUUUCAUUGAUUAGUAAGAGGUAAGUUAAUUAAGCUAUGUUUAAUGCAGCCAAAUAUUAUUCAUGAUUUUCUGUAAUCUUCAAUUUUUAAUAAACAUGAAUUAGAUAUUAAGUGAAACUGUA